UGUAGUUUGUCUAGCUUUUUGCCGCGUUGGACAGAGUCGCUGAGCUUGGGGAUGGCUGACGCUGCGAGCCUGCGGGCGCCGCUGUGCACUGAGCAGUUCGGCUCCGGAGCCCCGCGCGGCUGCAGCGCUGCGGCCGAUGGGAGCCUGCAAUGGGACGGGGCUCGGCGCUGGGGUUGGCUCUCCCAGGCCCAGACAGCGAAACCCAGGCAGCACGCGGGUGGAGGCGGGGGGCUCUGGGCAGCACUGACCGCUCUUUCGGGCCUCAGAUCCGUGCUGCUGCCUCAGGGCUUCCCAGAUAGCGUCAGCCCGGAUUACCUGCCGUACCAGCUGUGGGAUUCCGUGCAGGCCUUUGCUUCCAGCCUCUCCGGCUCCCUAGCCACCCAGGCAGUAUUGCAGGGCUUAGGGGUAGGCAAUGCAAAAGCCUCAGUUUCAGCUGCCACAUCCACCUGGCUCGUGAAAGAUUCAACUGGCAUGUUGGGCCGCAUCAUCUUUGCCUGGUGGAAGGGGAGCAAGUUGGACUGUAAUGCAAAGCAGUGGAGGCUCUUUGCUGACAUCCUCAAUGAUAUAGCCAUGUUCCUAGAGAUUAUGGCUCCCAUGUACCCAAUCUUUUUCACCAUGACUGUCAGUACCAGCAACCUAGCCAAGUGCAUUGUUGGUGUGGCUGGUGGGGCCACUCGAGCUGCACUGACCAUGCACCAGGCCCGAAGAAACAACAUGGCAGAUGUGUCAGCCAAGGACAGCAGCCAGGAGACAGUGGUGAACCUAGCAGGGCUUCUGGUCAGCCUUUUGAUGCUUCCCCUGGUGUCAGAUUGCCCAAGCCUCAGCCUUGGCUGCUUCAUCCUGCUCACUGCUCUCCACAUCUAUGCCAACUACCGGGCAGUCCGAGCCCUCGUCCUGGAGACCUUGAAUGAAAGCCGCCUCCAGCUGGUCCUAAAGCACUUCCUUCAUCGAGGAGAGGUACUUGAGCCUGCUUCAGCCAAUCAGAUGGAGCCAUUGUGGACAGGUUUCUGGCCAUCCCUGUCUCUAUCCCUGGGCGUUCCCUUACACCGCUUGGUCUCCAGUGUCUCUGAGCUGAAGCAGCUGGUUGAGGGCCAUCAAGAACCAUACCUCCUUUGCUGGAACCAGUCACGAAACCAGGUACAGGUUGCGCUGAGUCAAGAGGCAGGCCCUGAGACUGUCUUAAGGGCUGCCACCCAUGGGCUGAUUCUAGGAGCCCUGCAGGAAGACGGGCCACUUCCAGGAGAGCUGGCAGAGCUGAGGGAGCAAGUUCAGGCUGGUCCUAAGAAAGAAAGCUGGAUUCUUGUCAGGGAGACACAUCAAGUGUUGGAUACACUGUUCCCAAAGUUCUUGAAAGGACUACAGGCCGCUGGCUGGAAGACUGAGAAACAUCAUCUAGAGGUGGAUGAGUGGAGGGCCACAUGGCCCCUGUCUCCAGAAAAGAAGGUUUUAUGAGCAGCCGGACUCCAAGCCCGGAGCUCAGGACAGGAGCCUGGAGCCCAGGACUGGAGCCUAGAGCAAUGAUAUUUCAGCCACAGCAGGAUGUUGGAAGGGCAGCUUUAUUUUUGCAUAGGCAAACUUCUAUGACCAAUUGGCCACCAUCUUGUGGGAAGUGACAGCCAACCAGAUGGACUGGUAAAGAGGAAGGGAACCAGUUCUUUCCUGCUGUAUUCUUGCCCUUUUCCUUUCCUGGGAUCCACUACAAGCUCCUCACACUCACUUUUUGUGAGGCUCAGACAUGCUCUGGUUGCAGCUCAUGGUACCCAAUACACUUGACUUUAUGCAUAGAAGCCCCAGAGGAACACAGCCACAAUCAUCAUGAGCAGGGCGUUGAGGUUGACUACUCGGGCCCAGCUGGGAUCCUCACUGAUGUCCUCCAGCCGCCUGGUGGUUGCAGCCACCUCCUCCGCAGUGGGUGGAGGACUCCCUGACCCACUCCUGCUCAUUCCACAGAACCAGAGCAGGCACUGGCGGAGCAAGCCUGGAGCUGGGGUCUGAACCUCUGGAAGAAAUGGGAAGCACACAGUUAGUCUGAAGGGAAUUGGCUCCCCGAGCUUCCCAGGAUACUCUCCUGGGGUAUGCCUUACCUUCGAUCGCCAUUGCACAUUCCUGGCACCCGUUCUGCACAGGGGGAGGGGCUGGAUCUUCUAACUUCUCAGCAUCCAAGUCCUCCCGCUCCUCCCUGCUGUGCCGGAGACUGAAAACUAGGCGGUGGAGCUGGGAAGUUAGGGAGAAGGGACCAGGUGGGAGUUGUGCCCUUCACCCCAGGUCCAUGCUGGCACACAGCUUUGUCACUGCCCUCCACAGCCUCCCUUCUGGCCUGCCUAGGCUCAGCUCACCCAGACUCCUCUUUCCAGGAUAGUCUUUGCCUUCACACUGAACCCCAAGCUUUUCAUCUAGUAUUAAAGUCUUUGGCCCUGGCCAGUCCCA